GCCAAGCUAAGAAAAUCAACUUGGCAACUUCACUCGAACGCUACCGCGCUACAUGGCCCCAGCAGCCAUGAUAAACGACACUCAACAAUCCUGUUGAUGUCGAGACCAUUUGGGGCAUUACGCCUCAAGCCCCACGCCUUCUAUAACCGCCCGGUGCCGCCAUGUCAUGGGAGCUUCUGAAGCGGUUCCUUGAGAGUGAUGUCUUCAACCAGAACCCGUUCCUUUCGGUAGCCUACCUCUCACGCUAUGCCGAUCAUGUGGGCAUCCAUUAUAUCCUCUGCCAGAAGCUCCGCCAAUUUACCUACGAAGAAAUCGAAUUCUUCCUGCCGCAGCUAUGCCAUCUCAUCAUCAGCGUCAACAAUGAGUCUAUGGCAUUGGAGGAAUUCAUACUGGACCUGUGCGAGGAAUCAGUGAACGCGGCGUUGCUUACAUUUUGGCUCUUCCAAACAUAUCUCCACGAUCUCUCAUCGAACCCCCAAUCGGAGGCAUUCAAGACAUGUAGGAGGAUUUACAACAAGGUUCAGCAUAUUGUGUUCGGGCUUGCGGAACCUGCAAGGCAUGAGAAGAUAAAGGAGAAUGUGCUGCCUGUCACGGUUCUUGCCAGCUUUGUGCUGGCCAGUGUCGCAGUGCCAUUUCUCCCAAAAUGGGCGGGACCAUUGGCUAUAGCUCAGGCGCGGAAGCCUCAGCCACAGGGGGAUGUCAUAUCAGAUGCAAGCCAGACGCAGCAGAAGGUUGUUCGGAGUAAUACCACCACGCCUGGAUCGACACGGACAAGAAGAGCUAGGGAUGCAGGAAGGAUCACAAGCGCUCCUGCAAAUGGGGCGGGACCAGCAGAUUCGCGCCCAAAAUCAGCGCGAGCAGUGUCUCUCACAAGAUCGCAAUCUUCUGGGACUGGUGCGACAAGUCGGAGACGACCUCUGGAGGCUCGGCCACGCCCUCCCCGCCUCGACCUGGAGGCUGCCGACCCGCGAUUGAGUUCUUCAUCUCUGCCUUUACCAGAUGCUCGCUCCCCGAGAAUUUCGGCUACAAGACCUGCUACACCUGCGACUGCUGGUCUUCCCAGACGACCCCCCGAAUUAGUACAUCGAAGGCCUACCCAUCCCGUUAGACCACUAACUCCCUCUGCCCUGACUGAUGCACAAAAGGUCAAAUUAUUGAGACAGAAUUACUUCCGAUGCGAGACUCAGUUUAUUACAGCCCUGGAGGAUAUCUCGAAUCGUUUAGUGAUUGUCCCCAAGCCUGCAAGACUCAGUGCUUUACGUGCUGAACUUGCUUUGAUUGCGCAGGACCUACCAGCCGAGGUUGAUAUUCCGGUCAUUUGCCCAGCAACUCUGGUGGAUGGAGCCCCUGGGAAGAGUCGACAUCAUCGUAUUGUUCGACUGAACCCAGCUGAAGCAACUGUUCUGAACAGUGCAGAAAAAGUGCCAUAUCUGCUCAUGGUGGAGGUGUUAAGAGAGGACUUUUCUUUUGAUCCAACGACGAGCGACAAUGAGGCAUUACUAGCCAAACUUUUAUCAGAGCAAGGCUCCGGCCGAAGACGUAUUUUUGACCUCUCGGAAUCAGUACAUGACUCGAAUGGAACCACAAAGUCCGUAGAAGCUGCUCAAGACAGUGUCUUUGAACCUGUUUCUGGAGACCUUGGAAGCUCCCCCCUAGUAAAGGCAAUGGAUGAUACUCCUCCACAAAAGGAGAACGCUCCACCUUCGCAUCCACCGCGGCUUUCCAGUGGUGGUGCAGCUUUAACGACUCUUUCUGGUCUUGCUACACCAAGAACUUCAGGGGCGUCGACGUCAAGAUCUAGCAGUCCUGGGCGGAAACCUACAUUCCCAAAUAUUGGUAGAUCAAGUACAGCGGAUCAGCCUGACUUUUCUGCUUUGGCGACACAUAUGCGGACUGCUUCACAAAUGCUGGCUCAGCUCGAUUCAACAAGUGGAAAGCGACCCAAACAGGAAGUUGCUGCGAUUCGAGCGAAGAUUAUUGCCAGCAUGCAGAGCAUGGAGGAGCAGAGCUUCGACGUGGAUGAUACCGCCACCGCACCCACGUUCGAUACGAUCAUAGCAAACGCUAACGCAGUGGCCGCGAAUAUCGGCCCUGAAGAUAUCGAGGAAGAGGCUGCAUCUGAGUCGGCCUUGAAUAGUGGUGCUGGAGCAGCUCGAAUGGAGAACGACCAGAAGACUGGCGGUGUACAGAGAAAAGGGGAUCGAGACGAUCCUAGUGCUGCUACCUUUGGCGAAGCAUGGAACAUGAAGAAGGAACGAAUACGGAAGUCAUCACCCUAUGGCUGGAUGAAGAAUUGGGAUGUUUUGAGCGUUAUUGUUAAGACUGGAGCGGAUCUCCGGCAAGAAGCAUUUGCUUGCCAGUUGAUUCGUGUCUGUGACAAGAUCUGGCAAGAGGCUCAGACUCCAGUUUGGAUCAAGCGAAUGCGGAUUUUGGUUACUGGAGAGUCCUCUGGCCUGAUCGAAACCAUCACGAAUGGUGUUUCGCUGCAUUCGCUUAAGCGUAGUUUGACCCUGGCCACCAUCGAAUCUGGACAGAACCCUCGUAGACGAAUCGCUACUUUGAAAGACCAUUUCGUCAAGGCUUUUGGAGCUCCGGAAAGCGAUGCCUACAGAGCGGCCGUCGACGCGUUCAAGAGAUCUCUCGCAGCUUACAGCAUCAUCUCGUACAUUCUUCAACUCAAAGAUCGGCACAACGGAAAUGUACUCAUUGAUAAUGAAGGACAUAUCAUUCAUAUUGACUUCGGAUUCAUGCUUUCAAACUCUCCAGGCUCUGUUGGCUUUGAAGCAGCUCCAUUCAAGCUGACUCAAGAUUAUGUGGAUGUUCUGGGAGGUGUGAACUCACAGGAUUUUGCGGAAUACAAGAAAUUAUGCAAGCAAGCUUUCCAGGCGUUGCGGCGGUCAGCUGAUAGUUUAAUCGAUCUUGUCCACAUUAUGGGCCGCGAAUCGAAGAUGCCAUGCUUUCAAUAUGGCGUCCAACAAGCCACGAACAGCCUGCGCCAAAGGUUUCAACUCCAGCUCAGCGCUGAUGAGGCCGAGCAAUAUGUCGAGACGGACUUGAUAGGGAAGUCUUUAGGGAGCUACUACACACGAUUAUACGAUACAUUUCAAUACCGUAGUCAAGGUAUAUACUAGGCGGUUGUUGCUCUGUUAAGAACUGGAAUGCAUCUUGGCGGCGUUGGAUAUCUUGCAUUUACACUGGCUGAUAGGAUCCGGGAGCAUGAGAUAAUCAGGAGGGAGAUCUCGAUUUGUCUGGCGUCUGUGGGGAUAGUCCGGUGAGUGGACUGCAUUGCAAACCAUGUCGAAUGAUUAUGAAUCAUUGAAGAAUUUCACCUUGUCUUUACUUCGAACGUGUUGUGGGCUUUAAAGUGAUUGUCUUGAAACUUUGAAGCGACUAGGACCUCCAUCAGAAACGUGACCUGGCAGUGUUUCUCAACCAGGGGUAGCAAGUGCGUCUGAGCUGAGUUCUCAGUCCCAAAACGGC